GGGAGGGGCUGCAUAAAGUGUGGAGUGCGGGGCAGACAGGAAGGCUGCCACGUCUCCUGGGCCCUCCAGCCCGGCAGGGGCAAGGCUGGGGGCCCAGACGGAGCGGAGCGGGUUCAGGGGCAGAGGCCUUAGGGGCGGUUUGCUGGGGAAGGUGGCGAAAAUGGGGGCUGAGGGUUUUCCCCAGGUUGGCCCCACGCCAUCCGGGCCUUCAGUGAGUCCUGUGUUGCCUCUUUAGAGCAGGAUAGAGAGAACAGGGAAAUCAUAAAAUGACACAGUAAGGUUCUCUUUCAACAGCUUUUUGGAAUAAAAAAGGAGAACCUAAUGUCCACUGAAAAGCAUUUCCAUUUUUUCUGGGAAUAUGUCAUUUAGGCCAGUUAUGCCGGUUAUGUAGCAAGUCUCACUUAUGUUGCAAAAGAUGGUGAGCCCCUAAAAACCCUUUGGUGCUUCUUAUUUGCUUACAACGUUUGGUUUCCUAAUUCGGUUACACCUUUAUAUUGUUCCUGCCUCUUAUCAAAAUGUGAAUGAUUCUGGAACCAGUUUAGUUCACCCUGUUAUUUGACAAAGGGAGGCCAGGAAAUAAGAAUAGUAAAUAAGCCCACGUCCAUGUAAGAGUUUGCUAAGGGAUUCCUGCCUGGUUAUUCUGUCUUUUCACUAUAACCAUAUAGGGAGGCAGAGCAAGGGUUUCUGUUUCACAGCAGGAGUUUGAGGCUCAGAGAGGGUUAAGUGCCUUGGUCAGGCCAAAACUAGAACCCCAUCUCUGGCGCCUUUUUUAUUGGUUUAUUUCAUCCUCCUGGGAUAUCACUCCCUUUGUCCUGGGACUGCUUCCCUGUGGGCCUGGGACGGCUGUACUGUGUGUCUAGUGACUCAUAGCAAGCCCCUUGGGGCUGCUCAGGGCAGGUUUGCAGACCACACCAUGGCUCUGAGUGACCCACGUGAAAUGAGAGUGCCUGGAAGGAAACAGUAGCAUUUACAGGACCUGAGAUGCUGUGCUGCUGCUCUCCAUAAGCUAGUCACCGAGUGUGUCUACUGCAGCCCUUUCUGAACCCCUGGCUGUCUGGAGGCUCUGCUGUGCUCCUUGCCAAGGCCGAGCUUGUGGAUGAAGGGGCCAGGAGGUGACCUUGAGCUUGCUUCUCCCUGUCAGAUGAAGUGUGUUUUGGUGGCCACAGAAGGUGCAGAGGUCCUCUUCUACUGGACGGAUGAGGAAUUUGAAGAGAGUCUGCGGCUGAAGUUUGGGCAGCCAGAGAAUGAGGGAGAAGAGCUUCCCGCCCUGGAGGACCAGCUCAGCACCCUGCUAGCCCCAGUGAUCAUCUCCUCCAUGACCAUGCUGGAGAAGCUCUCAGAUACAUACACCUGCUUCUCAACAGAAAAUGGCAACUACCUGUAUGUCCUUCACCUGUUUGGAGAAUGCCUGUUCAUUGCCAUCAACGGAGACCACACGGAAGGUGAGGGCGACCUGCGGCAGAAGCUGUGUGUGCUCAAGUACCUGUUCGAAGUGCACUUUGGUCUGGUCACGGUGGAUGGCCAGCUCAUCCGGAAGGAGCUGCGGCCCCCAGACCUGGAGCGGCGCAUGCAAGUGUGGGAGCAUUUCCAGAGCCUGCUGCGGACCUAUGGCCGCCUGCGUGAGCAGGAACAGUGCUUCGCCGUGGAGGCUGUGGAGCGGCUGAUUCACCCUCAGCUCUGUGAGCUGUGCAUAGAGGCCCUGGAGCGGCAUGUCAUCCACGCUGUCAACUCCAGCCCCGAGAGGGCCGGCGAGGAGGCCCUGCAUGCCUUCCUGCUCGUGCACUCCAAGCUGCUGGCUUUCUACUCCAGCCACAGUGCCAGCUCCCUGCGGCCAGCCGACCUCCUCGCCCUCGUUCUCCUGGUUCAGGACCUCUACCCCAGUGAGAGCACAGUGGAGGAUGACGACCCUCAGCCUUGUCCACGGAGGCCCCGGAGCAGCCAGAACAUCCCCAUGCAGCAGGCCUGCAGCCCUGGUUCUGCAGCCCCCACCAGGAGGAGUUCUGCAGCAACCGACACAGACAGCUUCUCCCUCCCUGAGGAGUACUUCACACCAGCUCCUUCCCCUGGAGAACAGAGCUCAGGCAGCACUGUCUGGCUGGAUGGGGGCACCCCACCCACCGAUGCUCCCCAGAUCCAGAUCGCUGAAGACACCCUCCAGACCCUGGUCCCUCACUCCCUGGUCCCUUCCAGCCCCAGAAGGAUUUUCCUGGAUGCCAGCGUGAAAGAGAGCUAUUGCCCUAUGGUGCCCCACACCAUGUACUGCCUGCCCCUGUGGCCCGGCAUCAACAUGGUGCUCCUGACCAAGUGCCCCAACACCCCCCUGGCCCUGGUCCUGUACCAGCUGCUGGACGGGUUUUCCCUCCUGGAGAAGAAGCUGAAGGAGGGGCAGGAGGCCGGGAGCACCCUGCGGUCCCACUCCCUCAUGGGGGACCUGCGCCAGAGGAUGGACAAGUUUGUCAAGAGUCGUGGGGGGCAAGAGAUUCAGAGCACCUGGCUGGAGUUCAAGAGCAAGGCCUUCUCCAGGAGCGAACCCGGAUCAUCCCGGGAGCUGCUUCAGGCGUGUGGGAAGGUGAAGCGGCAGCUUUGCACCGUCUACCGUCUCAGCUUCCUGUCCGCAGCCCCGGGCCGGGGAGGCCCGCAUCUGCCCCAGCAGCUGCAGGACCAGGUGCAGACACUCAUGCAAGAAAAGCUGAUGGACUGGAAGGACUUUUUGUUGGUGAAGAGCAGGAGGAACAUCACCAUGGUGUCCUACCUAGAAGACUUCCCAGGCUUGGUGCAUUUCAUCUAUGUGGACCGCACGACCGGCCAGAUGGUGGCCCCUUCCCUCAGCAGUAGUAAAAGGACUUCAUCAGAACUGGGCAGGGGACCGCUGGCCGCCUUCAUCAGAACCAAGGUCUGGUCUCUGAUCCGGCUGGCCCGCAGAUACCUGCAGAAGGGCUACACCACGCUGCUCUUCCGAGAGGGGGACUUCUGCUGCUCCUACUUCCUGUGGUUUGAGAAUGAGAUGGGGUACAAACUCCAGAUAAUAGAAGUGCCCGUCCUCUCGGAUGACUCGGCCUCCAUCGGCGUGCUGGGAGGAGACUACUACAGGAAGCUCCUGCGCUACUAUAGCAAGGGCCAUCCCGCUGAGGCUGUCAAGUGCCACGAGCUGCUGGCCCUCCACCUGUCGGUCAUCCCCACAGACGUGCUGGUGCAGCAGGCCGGCGAGCUGGCCCGGCGCCUGUGGGAAACCUCCCGCGUCCCCUUGCUCUAGGGGCCAGGGCACAGUGCUCCGGCGCGGUCUGUGUGUAUCCUGGUCCCCUCGUAUAGCACUCACCUAGGGAUAGCACAGUCCCCGGGGUCUCUUAAACCCCUUAGACUAGUCUCCCCUCCAAGUAACAAAUCCCCAAAUCCUUGUCUCUGGAGGAGGAGGGAGGCCAGAGAGGGUCCCUUGGUCUCCUUAAAACAGUAGUGGCUGCGAGGUUAGAACUGGGGUCGGCUGCUUUCAGAGCUGCCUCUCCAUCUAUGCCCAGGAGACAGGAAGUCCCCAGUGCCUGCAGGUGUCUGAAGAUGCCUCCUCAUGCUGUUGGAGUGGAGAAAGAGCUCCCUCAGGAAGCCAUUUCCUUCUCCAGAUGAAAGGUGCCGCCCUAGCCGGGCUGCGAUUCACGCUGUGCCUCUUCCUCCCUACGACCCUGGGCAGGUUUCCUCCACCGAUAGCCCCUACCUCUCAGGGUGGCCGUGAGGGCUGCUGGACACAUGGCAGGUGCUCAAUAAAUGCUGGUGGUGGUGGUUCAAGCCAAACGUGCCUGGGCUCCUGGGCUGUCCUUGGUGCCCAGCAGUCUGGCCCCUUUGCACCCUGCUCUGUCUCGACUCCUUCCUAGCUCCCACUCAGGUUUGUGUCACUUGGGCCUGUGGAUCCCAGGUAUAGGUUUUUGAAAACAUGCCAGCCGACCCCUGUGUGCCCUGGGUUGAGAACCCCAGCCCCGGGUGGUGCAGUCCCUCUCCUCUAACCUAGAAGCUCCCACCCCAGGAGACACACAAGAACAAGAGACCACCAGAGCCCUGGGACUGGGGAGCAUCCGCCGCAGGGAUGAGAAAAGCGCCAUGGCAGAAGUAGGCACCCAGGCCCCCUGUAUGACAUGCUGACAGCAGCCAGGCCUUCGGGUCUCUAGUCUUGAGCCGAAACUCAUGCAGAGAAGACUGUUCUUUUCUGUUAAGGGAAUAGCUGGUGGAGGUGGAGGUGUGGGGGGGAGGACAGAGGUACUGAAAGAGCUAGAAGGACAUCUCACACUAACGUCCUCAGAAGGUGGCAGUGAGGGACAUUGUCAGCUGAGGUGACUGGGACUUCAUUCCUUCAUGAUAUCUUGACUUAAUGAAUGGAGAUUUCAAACCUCAAUUGUGUAAGACCCAGAAGAGCACGAAGGGGAAAACUAAGUGUAGAAGCCCACUGCUCUGUAGGGUAUCCACUUUUGUCCCCUGAUAGUUUUCCUUAAUUUUGAGCAGCUACGUGAUGUGACACAUCUGGUUUAACCAGUCCCCUGAAUGUUUCGAUAUUGUAACACUGGGGUGGACAUCCUGCAUCAGAUUUCAGCAGAGAUUUACACAUGGUGUAAACCUGGAGUGUCAGGGUGUCUCAGUCACAAGUAGAAGGUUCCACAGAAAGCUCUCCUACUCAGAUGCACCUUCUCCACAAAUUCUCCCAAUUUUAAGAUGCAUUUCUAAUAGUGGGUUUCUAGAAUACUGACAGAUGUCAUAGCAGUACAGACACUCAACUCCUACGGUGCUUUUUUCCUACCAUAGAGAAGUGGCCUGCUAGCCAAUGGGCAGAGAACAAAGGAGCACCUGAUACAAGGCAGGCCAGAGGGUACCAAGGAAGGGUGUUAGCUGAAGAUCUUUGCAGAUGUGAUCUUUAAUCCUUGAGGAUUUGGGGAAAUGGGAAAGGUGCCAAAAGACAGAAGACAGAUGACCAGGCCUUCAAAAGAAAAAGGUGAACCCCCAUCCCUUGCAAGCUUCUGAGGCGGCCUGUUGAGUGCAGGGUGCUCAAGUGUCUGGGAGAGAACACGCAGCUCUCGGGGGGACCCCAGCGACAGAUGUGGCCCUCAUUGUACUGAGGCUCUGGUCACGGAGACCCUGUGGGGUUGCCUGGGCCUGCGGUGGGUGUCGAGCCCCUCACCAUCCUGCAGGCGGAAGGCUGUGGCCCUAGAACAGUCUCACAGCACGUCCUCUGGACUUGUUCCCCAGCAAAUCCCAGACAUUAAACCCCUUAAUGAGAAGCAGGACAGUGCUGGGGAGGGGGCCCUGCCAGCACACUCUCUGCCUGCAUGACCUCCCCGGUCCCUUCUCUGAGCCUCAGUGGCCCUGGUCCAUAAAAUGGGGUUUCUAGGGUUUCCGUGAGAGGCUGGGGACUGUGGUCGGCACAGCCCCCGCACAUGGGAGCCCUAGAGUUAACCGCACAGUGCCUGUUCUACGUUUUGGAGGUGGCACGACUUCUGCCCGGUGAAUGGGUGACCUCCCGAGACUCUGCCCUGCCUGGACCCUGAAAGCUGCAUGUCCUCUGAGUAGUCCUGGCCCAGAGCCAAGAAUGGCAGCUGGACUGCAGCUCCUCCUCUCUUCCUGUUCUCUCCCUGCCCCUCCCCCUGCCCAGGCAGCACAGAAAGCUGAUUGUAAGCAAAUUCCUGGCCUAGUACUGGGCAGAAAUGGCUGCAAGUGGCCGAGGACUCAGCCGGGGCAUAGGUGCCUCUUCUUGCCCUGCUUGGAGAGGAGCUCAUUGGGAAGCCAGAGGACGCCUAAAGCCUGAGUACGAUGCCGUGGUGAUAGGAGCAGGAAUGUUGGUGGUUGACAAAGACAAAGUCACGUGACUAAAGCCUUCCGGGGCACUACAGUGAACCACGCUUGGGGAGAACAAGCCACAUUGGACAGCAUCCGUCCACAUGCCCAGCACGCACCUGGACGGCCGGACACAAUGGGCUGGUGGCUGUGAGUACCUCCCCCUCUGCCCCACUUCAUGACCCCUGGACAUGAGGUUGUCGCCGGAAUGUGAGGAAGCAGGCAGGGUGUGGGCCACAGGAGACAUGGGGAGGCAGGCUAGCCUCCUCUCCAGGGCACUGAUUGGUGGCUGUCAAAUGGAUUUCUUUGGUAGUUAAGGAGAGUAUCGGAGGCUCUCUUUCCUCUCCUCUCCAUAACAUAUGUGCAUUUCCCCCAUGACUUUGGGAGAGUCAGGGAGCUUUCAGAAACAAGAUGAUGAAGAGGUGGGAGCAUAUGUAACUGACAUAGGCUGGGAGACAUAUCAGAGCCUGGGGAGCUGAGGCCUGGUGGGUGGGGCCCUCUGACUACAGAUGAGGGGGCGGUCCUUGUGUAUAUAGUCCCUGUGCUGCACAGCUGGGUCUCCACCAUGUGUCACCCUGAAGUACCCAGCAGCCACACAGCCCCAGGUAUACCCUGGAGACAGCGAGAAAGCCAGGCUAGCUGAGGAGGCAGGGCCCUGCCACAACACCACUGGCUUCUAGGUCCAAAGCUGAGCCAGGUCAGGGCUAUCCUGAGGCUGUGCUUCUCAAACUCUGGUCCCUGUACCCCUAGAAAGCUAAAGUGUGUGCUAAAGGUGUUCACAAGACAAGCACGGUAUAUCCUCCUGAAGCAGAGGCUGCUCUAGAAUAUCCAUACAGGAGGACUUCGCAAUGCUGGGGAGAGGGGGCCGUGAGACUUGCGUGAAAUCUUAAUCUUUUUCCCUAUUAGUUUUACUUGAACAUUUUACAGGGAGUGCUAUGUAACUCAACUGAUCAGUAAUUUAAAACAUUGAUUUUAUGUUAAUAUGAACACAGGCUCAUCCCCCAGCUCUGCCACUUUCUAUCUGUGAAGGUCAAGGCAAGUCAUUUAGGCUCUCUCAACCACGGUAAAAGAAUAAAAAUGCCCAGUCUCAGAGUUGCCAUAAAGCCAGCAAGUGACAUGCCUUAAGGACCAGCCACACAAAGCCUCACAGAUGGGGACUCUUGUUAUUGGAGGUUCCCAGCCCAAGGGAGGUUGGUGUCAGUGCCCUCCAGCCGAAGACCCACCCAGAUGCAGCCCUGCCAUUCAGGGAGUUGGGUGAUGACUGGCUUCGGUGGGGGGGGAGUGCAGCUCAGGAGAAGGGGGUUAAGAAGAGCCUAUUCUAGGAUAUGAACUCUGGUUGGAUGAUCUGGGGGGCAAAAGAGGGGUUUGCUCUAGACUGGAUACUGUCAGAGCAGGAAUGCCCCUGCGACUAGCAUCUCGAUAAAUCUGAUCUAUGGGGAGAGGGACCAGUAGGAGGAGAGGAUAACUGGUAAGGAAGCAGCAACCACUAAUUUUGGCCAAGAGAGGAGGCGGUGUUGGGUAUCUUGUGGGUGACCCAGAGCCCUUGUUUUAUGUUUGUACUCAGACAAAAUUGUGAGAUGGGCUUGUUCUGUCCCAUUUAUCAUGGUCUCAGUCUGAGGUUGUCAUUCUGUGAGGCUGCUCAAGUGUUAUGGGAGAGUAUGGUUUAUGGCCAAGGGCCAGGCGGCUUCCCAAUGCCAGAGUGGCUUUUUUUCUUCCACACUGAGAUGUGUCAGGAGUAUAGAUCCUGAGUCCAGACCAUCUGGGUUCAAUUCCCAACACC